AUGGCGCCGGCGGGGCGGCUGGUUCUGUGUGAAGAGAAGAUCCGGGGAAAGACCGGGCUGGCGCCUCACCGCGGCCUGGCUGAACUUCGGUCAUUAUCUAUUCCUGGAACUUACCAAGAAAAGAUUACUCACCUAGGAAAUUCUUUGAUGAAUUUAACAGGUCUAAAAUCUCUAGAUCUCUCACGAAACUCCUUGGUUAGUCUAGAGGGCAUCGAGUACCUGGCGGCGCUGGAGCGUCUCAGCGUCCACCACAACCGUAUCUCCUCGCUGGCGGAGGUCUUUAAGGAGCGCGCGGAAGUGGACUUCCGGCUGAACCCCGUGGUGGAGAGCGUCUUCGUGGUGCGCAUGCUCCCGCGGCUCCGGCAGCUGGAUGACCGCCCUGUGAGGGAGAGUGAGCGGAAAGCAUCCCGGCUGCACUUUGCUUCGGAGGAAUCGCUGGACUCAAAGCAGAGCUUCCCAGCUGUUUUCAGAGUCGAAAGACCGCGUCACUCCGGAGCCAAGUGUACUGACCCCUCGGCCAAGAAGCUUUUGGUCAUGGACGCGGAUGAUGAGGUGGUCCUGAACCUCAUUGCCGAGUGUGAGUGGGGCUUGAGCAGCCCUCUUGGGAGCGUGAGUUCCAGCCAGCGGGAGCAAGAGGCCAGCUUCCAGAGCUCCCCAGAGUCGCGGCAUCUAUUGAGUCCUGAGUCAGCACAGCACCAGUGCGGGGACUCCCUGAGGAAGGGCCCCGAGAAGAGGAGGAGCAGCUCCCGCGGGGGCUGGGUGGGGCCGAGGAUGCAGGACCAGCGCCCCCCGCAGCACGUUGCCCCUCGUCCAGUCCCAGUGUGGCUUGCUCUGCUGGCCCCUGGUGGCCAGGUUCAGCUGUGCUGUGUGGGUGUGGGCUCGUGUGGAGGCCCUGGACUGGAGGUGGGGGACGGAAGAGCACAGGUUGCAGGUCAAGAGCACAGGAAGCGAAGGGUGCGUGGCGGGAGGCUCCAGGCACCUGCGGACCAGGAGUGUCUGAGCUGCUUGGAGGAGGGCCUGAGCAGGAGGGGCGGCUCGGAGGGCCGGAGCCAGGGGCCCUGUUCCCGCUCGGCGGCCUGGGAGCCCGAGCAGCAGAGGCCGCCCAGCGUGCGUGAGGUGAGCCAGGUGUGCAGGCCGCGGGCCGCCGACCUGUCAGGCCGGUCUUCCAUCCUCAGCGCUAACACGGCCCCGAGUGUCAUCCCGGGGGCGCUGGCUUACGCAGCCUCCUCGUCCCGCCGGCUGGAGCCACCCUCGGGAGCGGGGGUCCCGGGCGUGCGUCCCUUGGUUCUCCGAAGGACACGUCCUCGUUCGGGAGUGCACGUUCUCGAGACCCCAGGGUCACCCAGAGCGGUUGUGGACGAUGCUUUAUCGCCCUUGUCACUGGCCCAGUUGGAGAUGGAGACAUUCUCAAAGUUUGGGACACGAGUGAAGACCAUCCAGCAGACAAUGGAUGUCACCCCGGGCGGAGCCUCGCCUGACGGCCUGGCACUUGCUGUGGGGUUGGGGCUUUGCAGGAGGGGUGCUGCCUGCGCUGUCCCCUCCUCUGAGUACUCUGACCCUGUGGUGAUCGUCCUCUUGGAGAGGGCACGACCCUUCUGCCGGGUGGAAGGCAGAAGCCUGACCACACCGGGGACUUCGGCUCCGUCACCCACGCCUGAGGCUGAGGGUCCGGGUGCAGCUUCUGACGGAGAUGUGGACACACGUGCAGGGGGCGGGGAGGUGAAUCCCACGUGCCCCCCCCUGCAGACACAGAAAAAGCCAUGGUCGUGGUUUGUUUCCGUGCAGGUGUGUCCCAAAUUGCACUUGGCCGUGCCGCCCGGGAAGAAGGCCACCCUGGAGGUGGCGCCCCUCGACCUGGUGGACAGGCACUGGAGUGGCUGCAGCCCCCUGCACAGCAGUGAGGUGUUCCUCGCUCAGACAAGACACAUUUUGUCAUCUGUCCAAGAGUUUACAGCCACUCAGGACAGUUCAACAACGGUGAGCGAAGAAAUUAUCUCCCUGACUAUGGAAAAUAAGUCUUUGCGGAGUCGCCUUGCUGAGCUACAGCAGCAGUAUAGCGUGAAGAUGAGUGAGGUGGUGUCGGAACUCAGCGACACUCGGAAGGAGAUGGGUCACCUGCGGCAGCAUCUGGACCGAGCUCUGGAGGAAAGCAGUGGCUUGAAGUCUCUUCUGUUCAGCGUGAAAACAGAAGUGAGAAACGCCGACGCGCCAUCCACACUGAGCUUGCAGAUCACUGGACUUCAGACAAGUGUCGAGAGGCUCUCUGGUGAGAUUGUGGAACUAAAGCAGCAUCUGGAGCCCUACGACAGGAUCCAGGAGCUCACCCAGAUGCUGCAGGAGAGCCAUAGGUCCCUGGUCAGCACCAACGAGCACCUCCUUCUGGAGCUGGGCCGGGUGCGGGCGCGGCACCAGGCCGAGGUGGAGCAGCUGCACUGGAGCUGCAGGGAGCUCGAGAAGACCGCGGCCCUGUUCCCCAGCCUCCCGCCCGCGUCUGCGCCCUGA